CCAUUCAACUGCAGUCCGGGAUGAACAGCGGAGCUAUAUGUGAGAUGAAGACAGCCAUCUACCUCCUGGUGUUGGGCGUACUCGGCCUUGCCACCUGCUCGUCACAAUUUUUGGUCGGCCUUGAAGACGAAUGGUCCAAGUACAAAGUCAGCUACGAGAGGAGCUAUGAAUCGACGGAAGAAGGCCUGCGGAAGAUCAUCUUCAUGAACAACUUGAAGACAAUCAUGCGGCACAACAUCGAGGCAGACAUGGGUCGGCACACCUACUGGAUGGGCGUCAACCAAUUCACUGAUAUGAGCAAUGAGGAAUUAAAGAAGCUGAUGUCUGGAUUUGUCCUGAAGCCGGACAACAUGACCGGUGGCUCUACCUACUUGCCCCCUGCCAAUCUGGAUGCACCCUCUGCAGUUGACUGGAGGACAAAGGGAUACGUUACCGCAGUCAAGGAUCAGGGCAAAUGCGGCUCCUGUUGGUCCUUUUCCGCUACAGGGUCAUUGGAGGGACAACACAAGAGGAAGACAGGAAAGCUGGUUAACCUCUCUGAACAGCAACUGAUAGACUGCUCAACACUUUGGGGUAACAAUGGAUGUCAAGGUGGAUCACAAUGCUCGACCUUUAAGUACGUGAAGGAGGCCGGAGGUCUCGAUACGGAAAAGUGCUACCCUUAUACGGCAAAGGACGGUAACUGUCAUACAAAGGAAUCAUGUAUUGGAGCAAAGAGUACGGGCGUCAUAUACCUUCCCCGGGCUGAUGAAGAUGCUCUCAAGGCCGCCGUAGCCAGCGUUGGUCCUGUCUCUGUCGCAAUAACCGUCACUUCAAACUUUCAUUACUACAGUCACGGAGUGUACAACGAGCCCGACUGCAGUCCCUACAAAUUAAAUCACGCUGUCCUAGUCGUCGGGUAUGGAUCAGAAAGAGGCAUCGAUUACUGGAUCGUCAAAAACAGCUGGGGACCCCAGUGGGGCUUAAGCGGCUUCAUCAAGAUGUCAAGAAACAAGGGCAACCAGUGUGGUAUCGCGAGUGAAGCUUGCUAUCCCUUAGUUUAACUGAAAUGAGGACCAUAUACGCUUGAAUUUACCAUCCUGAGAAAAUCAGUGGUUAAUGUUCGCUUCUCCGGCCAGCAGAAAAGCGAACAUUUACCCCUGAUAUCUUCAUGAUGGAAUUUACAGACAAGUUCCGCAACCUUUACCUAGAGCUACGAACGACGAAGUAUGUAAAUUGACUUUAUCGACGGCUUUUUGUAAGAAAAUGUCCCCAAUUUCUGCUAUUAAAAGCUCAUGUAUGCAGUGAUUUACGAGUGUGACGUGAUGAUACGACAGACCUUCGUCGUUCGUAUUUCGUCGUAGGGUUGAGAAACAUACAUUAUGCCAAAUCAGCUAUUAGAUCAGGGCAACGAAUGUUACAGAUUUGUUAUUCGUAGUGACUUAGUCCCUUUGCACAUUUGAACAGUUCGUUGGUGCAGAUAAAUGUUAUCGCGCUGCCUUUCUUUGCGAGACAAACUUCUCUCAUCAACUUCCCUCAUCAUUCAAUUAGAGUCCAAGGUAUCCUGAGAGAAUGAACAUCCUGUUGGGUUUGAGUCUGUGGUUGAUAGUCCGUAAAUCACAGUUGUGACAAUAGUUUGGGGUUGUAAAUAUAAGAACUGAGUUGUGUGAUGAUUAUGAUGACGUGACAACCGUUUGUAAAAUGUAAGUUUGAAGUACGAGUUUAUGAAUACAGACAGUGUU